AUUCUGCUGAGUACCGCUUCAAAUUCACCACUGAUUAUGGAUGGAGUAGUAUUUCACCUGGAAGCACCUUGACAGUCGCAGCUGUGCAGGUGCAGGUGAUGUCAGUCAGAGUUGAAGAUUCUCACCUUGUUGCACAAAUGUUGUGUCACACAAGCUGCCUUCUAGAAGCUCCUUUUUAUUUUGAGUGGCAGAAGAAUGGAGUGAAUAUAAAGUCUGGAACCAAAGUAGAAGUCACCUUGUCACCUGGAGACUACAUCACCUGUGCUGCACGACAACAACAACAACAUAUCAGCAUCUCUCCUCACCUGUAUGUCCUGAAAAGACCCUCAGUGUCUCUGAGUCCUAUUGGUGACAUAUUGGAGGGUCGUCCCCUGACACUGACCUGCGACAUCGACAACUACGACUACUCCUCAGCAACAUAUGAUUACUGCUGGUACAAGAAGAAGAAUGUGUCUUCACAUGAUGAAGUCCUCAGUAAAGGUCGACAACUGGUCUUCCAGUCCAUCAAGUCUUCAUACUCAGCAGAGUAUUGGUGUACUGUGGAGAACCAGCUGGGAAAGAAGACAUCAGAACCCGUCUUCGUUGAUGUCCAAUAUGCUCCAAAGCGUCCGUACGUGUCCGUAGUUCAGUCCAACGAGUUGGCGGCUGGCAGUCUGGUGAAUCUGACCUGCAGCAGCGAUGCUAACCCGGCCGCUAGCUACACCUGGUACAAGGAGAACAUGUCGUCUCCUCUGGCAUCAGGUCAGACGCUGACCAUCAAAGACAUCAGUCCAGGUCAGACGCUGACCAUCAAAGACAUCAGUUCAGGUCAGACGCUGACCAUCAAAGACAUCAGUCCAGGUCAGAUGCUCGCCAUCAGGAACGUCACAGAGCAGGGUGGCCAUGAUUAUUACUGUGAGGCCAACAACAGCAGGGGGCGCCACAUCAUUGGUGUGCACGUGAGCGUGAACGGAAUGUCCUGUAGAACAAUAAACAUCAUCAGGCUGUUCUGUUCUGCUGUUGUGUUCGUGGGCAUCCUGAUCAUUCUGACUCUGGAAUUCAGGACGACGUCUCCCUCGUCCACCGCGGAUCCAAAUGAGCUCGUUGAGACUGUAGAGGAGCUGGACCCUGGCGACUAUGAGAAUAUCGAUGCAGAAGACUCCCUGUGAUGGACAUCUUGACCAUGAACAACCAAAUAGUUUUAAAAUAUUCAAACAACAAAACCAACACAGUGCAUAAACUCACAACAAAUUACACACCUGCAAAUCAGUGUGACUUCUGUUGUUGCGGUAUCCGUAAUACGCCGAUAGGGAGAAGUCGGGUGUGUAUUGACCUCCACCGAACCCCUGAGCCCCACUCACAGAACCCUUAUGGUUCGAUCAUCGAACCCAGGUUAAGAACCACUGCCUUAGAUAGCUCCUGCAGCUCUUUAAAAGAUGGCCUGUUAGUGCCCAACAGUUAAGUAAAAGUCCCAAUGAUUGUCACACACACACUAGGUGUGGUGAAAUUUGUCCUCUGCAUUUGACCCAUCCCUUUGUUCUCCCCUCACCUCCCAGGUGAGGGGAGAACAAAGGGCGCCUGGGAAUCAUGCACUGUGGACCUCAGAGGUAUGUGGGGUAGGAUGGGAGUAUAAACACAUUAACAACUUCUUCUAGCAGGGGCUUUGUCCACACUGGCUGACACCCAUAAUAGAAAAAAGAAGAGUAUUGUAAAAAUCUGGACACUUUGUUGAGUAGUGGAAUGUCUUGCAACGU